AUGGCAGAGAAGCUAGGCAUUGCUGGAGCCUUGCAGCGCCCUACUACUUCAAUCAUGUUUGGAGAUGCAACUUCUAAGUCUCCUCUUGGAGUGUUCAAGAACUAUCACUUGAAAAUUGGAGAAUGCAUCAUCCAAACUGAUCUCACUGUGAUGGAAAUGGAAGAAGAGAAGGAUUACCUCUGUUAUUGGGAACCCCUUUCCUUACCUAGAGGUUCAGACUUUUGUGCCACAAUUGACAGUACCACUCUCAGUUCUAAGAGUCAUGGAGCUACAAAGGUUGUGAAGGAAAGGGUUGACAAAGAACCAAGAGUUGGGAAGGAUAAGGUUGAGAGAGGACCAAGGAUUGAGAAGCCACGUCUUGAGAGGGCUAGAGUUGAGAAACCACGUUCUGAUAGACCACGAGCUGAUCGACUUGUUCAAGCCCCUUGUGUGCUUGAUGAAGAGAGCCUUCAAGCUUUGUUUGAUGAGCCACUAGGAAGGGCUCUAAAAGAAGGGGAGGAUGUAGCCUCUAAGGCAAGACCAGGGAUAAAAGAAAGGAUCCACCAGCUCAGGCCCCUUCAUCAAGCCAUCUCAGCUCACAAUGACUUUGUUCCCCACCAAGUUUGA